GGGACCCUGGGAUCCCGGGCAGCGGCCGGGCUCAUGCGUUAUGGCCGCAUUCCCGCACACUCUCUCCUCACGCCUCCUGACAGGCUGGAUAGGAGGAUGCGUCUGGUAUCUAGAAAGAAGAACUCUGCUGCAGUCCCCUCAUAAGUUUAUGCACCUUUUCAGGAAUGUCAAUAAACAAUGGAUUACAUUUCAGCAUUUUAACUUCCUUAAACGAAUGUAUGUCACACAAGUGAAUACGAUACUGAAACAGCAAGUGAAGCCAAAGCCAGAACCAGUGGCAUCUCCUUUCCUUGAAAAAAUGCCUUCAAGUGAAGCCAAAGCAGAGAUGGAUGAGAUGAGAUCUCCUUCAUCCCCCAGCCUUUCUUUGUCCAGAGAGCCAAGUGAAAAGGAAUUGACAGAACUAGAGUCUGCCUCCGUAAUUGAAAGCUCCAUAGACACAGACAAAGAGACAAAAGAGGAGAAACAGUGGAAGGAGAUGAAGCUGCAGCUUGAUGACUUGCCUGGCAUCUUGGCUCGACUAUCCAAAAUCAAACUCACAGCCCUAGUUGUAAGUACCACUUCAGCUGGAUUUGCAUUGGCUCCUGGUCCUUUUGACUGGCCCUGUUUCCUGUUUGCUUCUCUUGGAACAGGCCUUGCGUCCUGUGCUGCCAAUUCCAUCAAUCAGUUUUUUGAGGUGCCAUUUGACUCAAACAUGAAUAGGACAAAAAACAGACCUCUGGUCCGUGGACAGAUCAGUCCGCUGCUGGCUGUAUCGUUUGCUGCCUGCUGUGCAGUUCCAGGAAUUGUUCUUCUGACUUGGGGAGUGAAUCCACUGACAGGAGCCCUGGGAAUCUUCAACAUUUUCCUGUACACUUGCUGUUACACACCACUGAAAAGGAUGAGCAUUGCCAACACGUGGGUCGGGGCCGUGGUUGGAGCCAUCCCCCCUGUCAUGGGCUGGACAGCAGCCACUGGCAGCCUUGAUGCAGGUGAGUGUCCUCCCAUGCUAUGCCUCAGCAGAUCUGUGUGUUGAUGCCAGAAAUGAGAGCUGUAGCCUCUGAGCAAACGUGAGCACCCAUCAGGCAGAAGUCCCUUGCUCCUGUUAUUCCACUCGUCAGGUUCCCUGUUCUUCAGCACUGACUUUUUGGGCAGUUGUGUUAGUGUGGCAGCAUGAAGUACUGUGAAUAAAGAGCUAAAGGGAUCCUGUGUCAUUCUGACUUGCUGGGCGUGCUGUGUAGUUUCCCAUAGGGAGAUCCAGGAGAAAGCAGAAAAUAGUGGUGUCCCAGCCUGUGACCACAAGAAUCACAAAUCAUUUUAGGACUGCUUGACUCACUUUGGAUACCCCAGCCUAUGGGACGGGAUAGAAAUGCACCUCUGUCCCCGACAGAGGGGUCCAGCCUCCUCGGCAACCUCCCUCCUUCCUUCCUGUAGAACAAGGUUGCUUCUCUCCCUUAUG